GCAAUCACGUGACUUAACCCGGAACUGAGCAUCAUUUCGUGUUUUUUUUUGCAUCAUUUAGUAUCGCGCUAGCUUGGUGGUGACUGACUGUAGCGUACAGAGCCAGCUACAGCAUGUCUAGAUUUUGUAUAUUACUAAUACUUGUUUCUGUGAUUUUUGAUUCGACCUUUUCUAUUACGUUCUAUUUACCGGUGAAUCUUAGAAAAUGUUUGCGGGAAGAGAUCCACAAAGACGUGCUGGUUACAGGCGAAUACGAAGUUAGCGACCAACCAAAUGCGAAAACCAAUCUCAAGAUCACAGAUUCAUCAGGUCACACCUUGUACUCCAAGGAGGAUGCUUCAAAGGGAAAAUUUGCCUUUACAACUGAGGACUAUGAUAUGUUUGAGGUUUGCUUUGAAAGCAAAUCCCCCCUAGGUACUGGAAGGGUCCCAGACCAGCUAGUCAAUUUAGACAUGAAGCAUGGUGUGGAGGCAAAGAAUUACGAAGAGAUUGCAAAAGUUGAGAAGCUGAAGCCCCUAGAAGUUGAACUAAGACGCCUCGAGGACUUAUCGGAGUCCAUUGUGAAUGAUUUUGCCUACAUGAAGAAGCGUGAAGAGGAAAUGAGGGACACAAAUGAAUCCACCAACACGCGUGUCCUGUACUUCAGUAUCUUCUCUAUGUGCUGUCUAAUUGGGCUGGCAACAUGGCAGGUCUUCUAUCUGCGGCGUUUCUUCAAGGCGAAGAAGCUGAUUGAGUAAACCCAUCAAUGAAACGAGGACCAUCAUGUUGAGGACUUUUGGGAAAUGGUGUUUGCUGUACAAUUUGUGAAACAACAGGUUUUUUUUGGAUGGGGGGGGGCUCCCUUUACAAUUUAAAUGUAAAAUGAUUUGUCUUCUUUCAGCUUCAGUUUUUUUACCAGCCCCUUAUCUCUGGCACUAUUUGUUUUUAUUAGAAAUACAACCAAAUGUACUUUGAUACAUAUUGGUCUGAUAUUUUCUCAUUCAAUAUUCUUGUUACUAUUUUUGUUGUAGUAAAUGACUAAUACUGUAUGAAAAUAAACAUUACAUGUUUAAUGAGUGCACAAAAACUCCCCUUCAAACGUUCAGAUAUUGUUAGGUGAAAAUAACAUUUCCCCAAUAUGUCAGGUACAUGGUUGUUUUUUAUUAAAAGACGUUUUCACUUUGAUCUCA